CCCCAGGCAAAGCAUCUUUUCCAGGCCCCUCCCAGCAGUAGAGAGAAGGAGGGAGGGGUGUGUGUGGGGGGGUACUCUGAUGUCACAAACCUGCUCGGCUUAUUUAGCCUGCGCACUCUCUCUCUCUCCCUCUGUUGUGUCCUCCCACAGAGUUUGGAGAGAAGCGGAGUGAGUCCCUCGCCCAGCAGUGCUGUGCCGUUGCUGACACUCGACACCCGGGUCGUCGUCGCCGCCGCCGCCGCCGUGUGACAGCAGAGGAGCCAGGGUCUGGUUUCUGAGCCAGGGUCUGGUUUCUGAGCGGAGAGAAAAGUUGUUUUUAACUGCCCCAGCUGACAAUCUGGAGUUUGGACCUGUCUGCUGUGCUGGAGGAAUGCAACAUGUGCUAAAAGAAAGUUAGUUUUAAACUUCUUCUCCCUCUUCUUCUUUGACGAAUGUACACGAAGGUAUUUAUUAUGAAACUACUAACAGAGAUUGAUUGUACAUUCAAGAUCAACAAUACAUAUUUACCUGCUUUGCAUUGAGAAGAACUCAAACUUGGAGAAGUUGUGGACUUUUUUGUUUGUUUAGAAAGUGCCAAAGUUUUUGUUUUAAGUUGAACCCCCCCCCCGCCCCACCAAAGAUCAAAAAGUGUUCUCGCUGAAGAUUCCACACACUGCUCCGCUCGACAAGGAUACAAUUUAAAAGCUGCAACCGUCUUUCAAUGAAAGAAAUGCACACAGAAGUGUUUCAGCUGGAACAGCCUGAGAACCAGUUGAUGGUGCCGUCACCUCUGCCCGUGCGCAUUCUCAACAAGGGACCCGAGUAUUUCCGCCAGCAGAAUGAGUUCUCCAACUGCGGCGGUCUCAGCGCUCGGGAGCGACUCGCGGCCGACAAGUACAAGUACGUCAAGAGCUGCAACGGAGCGCCACCGAGUCCCACGUCCGACGCCAAACCGGUCUUGUCUGCCAACAGCUGCGCGCUGAACUGCGACAACAACAACACCUCGCAGGCAGGCUGCAACGGGCUGGUCAGCCUGAACAAUGCUCGCAAUGACUGGGAGAACUCACCGCGGCCCACCGCCACGCUGCACCGGAGCGGCUCCAAGCGCCAGCAGCCGAGGCCCGACUCGCUGCUCAUUUACCGCCGCCGCAACGAAGAAUUGACCAUCGUCAAGGACUCGAGCGAAACGGCCGACGGCGGCGGCGGCGGCGGCGGCGGUGGCCGCGGCAAAAACGGGAACAGAAACGGCGGCGGUGGCACCGCCACGAGCUUUCUGCGACGCUUGCUGCAGGCUGCGCACAUGAAGGAGAGACUCAGCCCAAGCAACAGCAGUGCCGAGAUCCAGGCGGGCAACCCCGGCAGCAACGACGAGGACCAGCGCAGCGGCUCGUCGCCGUCCACUUCGCCUCCGUUGAGCCCGACUUCCGAGGCUCCCAAGGGGCCCUUGAGCCCGGUGAUCAUCCACACAAGUUCAGAAGAUGACGACAACCAACCAAAGAGCCCCAACAGUUCCAGCGGUGGGCAUCUCCAAGACCAGCCGUCCCCGUGUUACCCCCCUGAUUUGGUGGACGAGCUGGGGAGCGUCAUCCGCAAGCUGGAGCGCUCGCCACGACGCGUCACGUCCCCGCCGGCGCGACUCCCGCCCGGCGCGAAGAGCCGGGCGAUUUACCGCUCCAAGUCCGACCUUACGGCCCGCUGCUCCCGCUCGGCCUCCGACAACGAGCGCUUCUUCAACUUCUGCGGGCUUGAGGCUGAGGAUAUCGAGGCAUUCGCGGAGGGGCGAAUGUCCUGGGCCAGCCCGGACGGGAGCAACCGCGGCUCCUUCCACUUCCGCAGCGUGAGCAUGGUGGAGCUGGAGGAGCCCGACGCGGAGGAGAUGUCUCGACGUAGCGAGAAAGACCCCAACGAGGACGACGAGGAGGACGACGGCUCCGCCAACUUGCCCACCACCUCCGUGUCGAUCAUUGAGCGCAACGCCCGCGUCAUCAAGUGGAUUUAUGCCUGCAGACGAGCCCUCGGAGCGUUGAAAAAAGACUGAUUUUAUUUUUGUUUGCGACAAAACUGGUUGGGCUUUUCGGAGUUUUUUUUUUCUUCUUCUCCUGCCACCUGCAUACCCGUCUGCCGGAAACGUUUUUGUUAGUUGUUUCAAGAAUGUGUAAUUUAUUUUCCAUUUCUGCUAUUUUUGCUGCCAACUGAGACUGCAAGGACAUUACAAGUGAUUUUCAUUUGGAGCGUGAUGCAUGUGUGGAAUGCCCUGCUUCUGAUCUACCUUCCUACGUGCAGGACCACAGUUUUAGGCUUAGACUCUCAAUAUGCUACUUUGAGUAAUUAAUAGCACUUUUGAUGACUGGCAUUUUCAAGUAGCUAGUAAUUAAUGUCUUCAAGUAUUAAAUAAUGUGUUAUGUUUGGAAAAAAGUGUCGAUUUGUGUUCAUUUUUAUUUUAUUUGGCCCAGACUGAAGUGUUAUUUUUACGUGACCGUUCAUAAAACCAAGAGUUGCGUCACAUGGUAUUAACCUAGCAUUCAACAGUGGUCAUAUAGUAAUUGUGUGUGUGAAGAAAUUAUCCUCUAGAUAAAACACACAGAUUAUAACCUAUUCAAAUGUAAGCAACAAAACAACUAUCCUGAACAUUUAAAAAAAAUCGUCGAAUCCUUGGUUGCCGUUAGUCUCAACGUACUGCAUUGCAGUAGGGCUACCGCGUGACACUGGGCUCUGUAAGAGGUAAAAAAAGCAAGUCCGGGCAAAUUUCAAAUGUUGUAUCGUGUAAUUUAUUAUGCAACAAAUUUUAUUUUUUGUGACAUACAAAAUAUAUAUUUGACCAAGAGUUUAUGAAAUAUUUAACUUUGAUUUCUAUUUCCUUGAUUGUUGGAGCUGAGUUUCAGUAUGUGGAUAGCCAUACUCAGCGUUUAUAGUAUUGACUUCAUGUGACCCCCCUCGUAUCAAACGGAGCAUUGGGCCAGUCAUUCGGCCACACACGCAGCGGGGACCGUGUGUGUCCGACACUGUAGCUGUGAGUGCCGCUGAGUAGAGGCCGACGUCUGUGUACACACACAUUGUGCUGUAAGUAGGCAACCAGACCGUGGUUUCCUCAAGUGUGUGUGUGUACAUUACCGCCGACGUCCUUUGACAAAUCCGGGUCAUUUGAGUUGCAUUGCGUGGUCGUGUUUCCGCGAGAGGGAAACAGAUGCAAGUGCAUCGACACCCCCCCCCCCCCCCACAAGCCCCCUGCCUUUUAAUCGCUGAUGUGUGUUAACAGUAAAAUGCAGCUAUGCCUUUACAGCGAGGCACCAUACAGGCACAA